AUGGAGACCGUAGUGUUGAUUGUGGGUGCUGGACCAGCCGGCUUGGCAACAUCGGUUUGUCUAAACCAACACUCAAUCCCAAACAUAAUCCUCGAGAAAGAAGACAUCCAUGCAUCACUUUGGAAGAAACGAGCCUACGAACGUCUCAAGCUUCACUUAGCCAAAAACUUCUGCCAGCUACCUUACAUGCCUCACGGUUCUGAUGUUCCAACCUUUAUGUCCAAAGAUCUUUUCAUCGAAUACCUUGACGCUUAUGUCACCCGCUUUGACAUAAAACCUAGAUACAACUGCGCCGUGAAGUUCUCAACGUUCGAGGUGUCCAAUAACAAGUGGAGGGUAGAGGCAGAAAACAUUGUAACGGGAGAAACCGAGGUGUACUGGUCGGAGUUUCUGGUGGUUGCGACCGGAGAGAAUGGAGAUGGAAAUAUUCCGACUGUGAAAGGGAUUGAUACUUUCCCCGGAGAGAUUGUACAUUCAAGCAUGUAUAAGUCUGGUCGUGAUUUUAAAGGUCAAAAUGUUCUAGUGGUCGGAGGUGGAAAUUCUGGUAUGGAGAUAAGUUUUGACCUCUGUAACUUUGAUGCUAAUACCACCGUCCUUGUUCGAACUCCGAGACACAUAUUGACCAAAGAAGAAGUAUACUUAGGGAUGUCACUAUUAAAGUAUUGUCCGGUGAAAAUGGUUGAUACAUUGGUGAUGGCGGUGUCCACGGCAAGAUCAUUUAUGUACGGAGAUCUCUCUAAGUAUGGGCUCUUCCGGCCAAAACAAGGCCCUUUCGCAACAAAACUCUUUAGUGGAAAAGCUCCUGUUAUUGAUGUUGGAACUGUUCAAAAGAUUUGCGAUGGCAAGAUUCAGGUUAUCAAUGGUGGCAUAAGAAGCAUCCAAGAGAAGACCUUAACAUUUGAAAAUGGAAAGAAACAAGAUUUCGAUGUGAUUGUGUUUGCGACUGGUUACAAAAGCUCAGUCUGCAAUUGGUUAAAGAACUAUGAAUACAUGAUGAAGAAAGAUGGUUUUCCCAAAAACCCAAUGCCGAAACAUUGGAAAGGAGAAAAUAAUCUUUAUUGUGCUGGAUUUUCGAGGAAGGGAAUCGCUGGAGCCGCCCAAGAUGCAGUAUCCGUAGCCGAAGACAUCAGAUCUAUCUUGGCAACUACCAUAUACUGA